CUUGACAACACUGAACACAACAAUGUGUGGAAAUGUGUGUAAAAAGACUGUAAGGGCAGUAGUUAAUUGCAAUGUAUUGAGAAAUUAAAGGCUGAUGUUUUUCUACAGAAAACAUCUGACAUAGUUUGAAGGAGAUUACAAUUUUUGGUAUAUUUGCUUGCAAGUUUGUUGGACUUUUUAAACACUAUGUAUUUUUAACUUAGUCGUAAUAACUAUGAAAGAUCUGCUCAUUUGUGAAAACAACGUUGGCUAUAACGAUUUAAGGAAACAACAAAUACAUUUAUUUCUUGUAAUUUUUGGCUAGUAUAAAGAAUAUAGAUGAUUGUGCUUGUAAAAAAUUUAAAGAUAUGUAGCAAACUUUUUAACUUGACAUCAAGGUGCAUAAUUACUUUUGGCUAAAAAUGGCUAUCAAAUAAUAUGUGUGAUUAAAAAUAACCUUCUGUAGCACAAUGAAAGUUGCUAUUAUCGGUGCAGGAAAGGCAGGGUUGUGCGCUGGAAGACACUGUUUAAAAGAAAACAUUGCUUUUGAUAUUCUUGAACAAACUGGUAAUUUGGGAGGAACGUGGAUCUAUACAGAUCUAGUUGGUUGCGAUGAAAACGGCGUUCCAAUUCAUACUUCUAUGUACAAAGGUCUAAGAACGAACUUGCCGAAUGAACUGAUGGCCUUUGAGGAUUUCCCGUAUCCAAAACAAAAUCGAUCUUAUUUACUACAAGAAGAAGUUCUAGAUUACAUUAGAAGUUAUUCGGAUAAAUUCCACAUCAAUCCUCAUAUCAAAUACUUUAAACGCGUGAUCUGCGUUGAACGUCAAAAUUUUUUAUGGUCUGUUCAUUACGAAGAUGUUAAAAUAAGAGAGGAAAAAACAGAGCAUUACGAUGCAGUUAUUAUUUGCAAUGGUCACUACAGUGAUCCCUUCAUUCCCGAUAUUCCAGGAGUAAAAAGUUUUUUAGGAAGAAUUAUACACAGUCAUGAAUACAGAUCACCUGAACCUUAUAACAACAAAAGAGUGUUGAUUGUAGGUGCAGGUCCUUCAGGAUUAGACAUUUCGCGACAAAUUGCGAACGUGGCUUCAAAGGUAUUCCUGAGUCAUAGAGCGAAAAGUGUUCUAUCAGUUCCUGAUACCUUCUAUCAGAAGUGCUUAGUAAAAGAAUUUUUAGAUAACAGGGCAAUUUUUGAGGAUGACACGUGCGAGGAAAUUGAUGAAGUUUUAUUCUGCACUGGUUAUAAUUACAAUUUUCCUUUUUUAUCCAGCUCCUGCGGAGUCAAAAUUAUCAACAAUUACGUCCAUCCGUUGUAUAAACAAAUUAUUAGUAUAGAAAAUCCUACGUUAGCUUUUAUUGGGAUUCCACUUAAAGCGGCGCCUUGCCCAUUGUUUGAUAUCCAGGUUAGAUUUUUUUUAGCGACACUGACUGGUCAUUUCAAACUACCAAAAAAAGAAGAUAUGCUUAAGAACUUACUCGAAGAAGAAAAGCGUAAACCUGGUGCACCUAGUUCAAAAUACCAUGAACUCGGUGGAGCACAAGGAAGUUAUUUCGAUAACUUAGCUGAAAUAGCAAAGAUAAAGAAGGUACCUCCAGCGAUACAAAAAUUGUACCUUAAGGUUAUCAGAGACCGAAAUUUGAACAACGGCUUUAAAACCAUCGAUGACCACAAUUAGACACCAAAAUUAAAUAA